AUGGCUGAAUUUUCGAUUGAAAAAGUGUGUCAGGCUAUCCAAGUUUUUAAUUCAGGAUAAGUUGAACAAGCAGAUAGUUUUCUUAGAAGCUUCUCAUAAUCAAAUGAGGCUUGGGGAAUCUGCAUUCAAAUAUUGCAAUAAAAUCCUGAUCCAUCAAUGGUAUUUCAAUUGUUGCGUAUUUUGUAAUCCAAAAUUCUGUAUGACUUCAGUACUCUAAUCUAAUAAUUCAUUAGUUUCACUCACCCCCUCAGAAGUACCACGCAUUUAUCAAAAUUGCAUUCAAAUCAUACUUCACUACAGCGUAUAAAAUUAAAAAUCAACUAGAAUAUAAUGUGUACUUAUGUUCAUCUAUUUAUACUUGUACACCUACUCAUAGCAAACCAAAUCGAUACUAGAGUAAUCCUAUUAUUAAUAAUUAGAGUAAUUGCGUAAAUCCUUGAUUACUCUCAAAACAAUAGUCCUCAUUAGAAGUUUUUAUUCGAUGUUUUGGAGACACUCCCAGAAGAACUGACAGAAAAUAAAAAGAUUAUAAUAGACGAUGAGAAGAGGAAGUUGAUCGCUUAAGACAUCAAAAAUAAAUAAAUGUUGGAUAUUCUAACAUUCCUCCAAACUCAAUGGAAUGCCAUACCAGAUGAUUCUCUUAAAUACCAUAUAUUGAGAUCCUACAAAAAAUGGUUGGAAUUCAUGAAAUCUAAUAUAACAGAAGAAGAAGUAUCUAAACACCAUUAUAAUAGGCAAUUCAAUUUAUGCAAUUAAGUAGUCAAACUACGCUCUUUAAAGGUACAUUGGAAUCCAUAAGUAAUGAGGAAUUGUAAAGUAAAGCCGUUGAAGCAAUAUGUACAUUUGUUGGUAUCAUUCCAAAAACAAUAUGUGAAUAACCUUAAUUAGAACCUUAGGUUUUGCAAUUGCUAUUUGAUGAAGUAUAUAAAACCUUCCCUGCUUGUAAAAAAGCAUUGGAUGAGGAAACAUGUGAUGAAAUUCACAACUUAAUUAAACUGUAUUCUAAAGUUGGAAAAAAGUGCAUUCAUAAAAUUAUACUUAAUUCGUAAUUGGAGCCAUUUUUACAAACACUUUUGUGGAUAUUUUGUCAUGAAAAUUCAUUUACUGAAAGUGACAUCUUAAUGGAUUUUUGGAUUAAAAUGAUCAAAACCAUUAGAAUUAUGAAUGAUUUGUAAUUGUAAAAUAAGUUCUCAUUGACCUUCGAAUAACUCAUCAAUGGAUGUGUCUAGAAGAGCAAGGUGAAUAAAAUUCUCUUGGCUGAAUAUGGGAUUUCACCUAAAAUUAAAGAUGAAUUCGAGCAACAACUGGAAACCAGAUCUUAAAUGAAAGAAAUAAUGGAAGAAUUAGUUACCAUCAUAUAACCAAAUUUAAUAAUUCAACAUUUAGGAGGAAUACUAAAAAAGGAGUUCAUUUCUCAAAUGAAUGAAAAUGGUUGGAUUACAUUUGAAGCAUGUAUGAAUUUAAUUAGCGGAAUUAUUAAAUAAAUUAUAUUGAAAAAUGAUUAGAUUGGAGUCUAAUAUUUAAUGGAAAUUAUUAAAUUAUAUUUAGAUGUCUAUCAAUAAUAACCAUAGGCCAACAAUAAUUUCAUAAUGAAAACAGGUAUAUCUAUUAAUUAUAUAUUAGUUUUCAAAACAAUUUCUUAAGGUUGUGCUUAAUUGAUUUCCUCAAAUGAAUUAUUGCCAUCAUUGUUUAAUUUUAUAACAAUAGGAAUACAUCACUAAGUUUCAUCAGUGUAAAAGAAGGCCACUAAAGCAUUUUAAUUGAUUUGCCAAUAAAAUCAAAAUUUUGUUUUGCUUCAUUUGAAUCAAUUCUUAGACCUCAUUUUUAAAUUACAAUAAGUGUAAUCUUUAAUCCUUAAUAUUUAGCUCUAACUAUGAUAAUUUAAUUAAGGGAGUAGCAAAUGCAAUUUGUUCAAGUUAAGAAACUAUGUAAAAUUAUUACUUAAAAUUGUGUUCAAUUUUUGCUUAAAAUUUAGUUUAAUUACAAAAGUAAAUUGAAGAAUUGCUAGUCACAUCUGUAGGAUCAGAUACAUUGGAAGAGAGGAUUAAACAAUUCAGCAAAAACAUCUCCAGUUUAGCCUAUAUUAAUAGCUAAAUUCCUGCUAAUGAAUCAAAUGAGUAUUAAACAGUCAGAAUGAUAAUUGUUAAUGUUUAUUAAGAAUUAUGGCCAAUGUUAAAAUUUGGUAUGGAGAGAAUAGCAGUCUUCGAACAUGGAGUAGCAGAGAGAAUAGUUAGAUAUACUAAACACACUUUUAGAAAAGCUUUUAAUCAAUUUUCUGUUGAUUUACUUACCUAAGUCUUUUAGAGUUUCUUAAAUGUUUAUAGAUAAGUUCCAAUAACAGCUUGUAUCUAUGUUGCUGAGGUAUCGGCAACUGUAUUCUAUAAAUAUCCUGAGUAUCGUAAUUUAUUGUCAGAGGCUUUUGAGAAUCUGUGCAAUAUUACAUUCCAACAUUUACCUCAAUUGUCAAGUUUCGAAGAGAAUCCUGACUUGACGGAAGAUUUGUUCGGAAUGCUUGUAAGAUAUGGUAGAUACACACCAGUGUUAUUGUUACAAAGUUCAGCAUUGUAAACAAUUUUAUAAUUGACUUUGAUGGCAAUUGGAUUGGAACAUGUAGGUGCUGCGAAGGUGUUUUACUCAUGGUUAGAAGUUACUUUCUUAAUGUUGAAACCCUAAGAUGAGGCAUUCAAAGUUUAAAUUCCAUAAGAGUAUAAAGACAGUAUUAAUUCAUCUAAAUAUUAGAAUUUUAAUAAAUUAUUACUCCAUUUAUCCCUUAAUAUACAUCGAAAUUAUUCGAAGCUCUACGAAAGGGACCAAGUGAUGAAGAAGUAGAAGACUACAUUGAUGAUUGCAUAAUAGCUUUAUCCUAGAUCUCAUUCAUUGAUUAUCAUUAACUUUUGAGCUAAGUGUUGGAGGAAGGACCACAAAACAUUUUAACUCAAUCUGAAAAAAAAACUUGGAUAGAAAAUAAUUAGGAUUCUGAAAAGUAAUAGUCAUUUCUAAAAUUGUACACAAGGAGAUGUAUUUAGAAUGCUUUGAGAGGGUGA